AUGACUGCUGCUCAGACUUCCACAGCUGGCACAAGCGGAGGCAAUGAUCAGCCAAGACCUGGAGCUGCGAACAAUGUGGGCAGAAACGACAAUAAGAGGAAAAAGGAGAUUUUCAAGGGAGAUAUUGAAGAGAUGGGUGGUGCGGUGCUCCAGUUUCCAGACGAAAGGAAUCGAGGAUCCGCCGCCCAAUAUGAACGAUUUUACAUGGCGUUGAAGGACUACAUUGGCCAAGAGGUUUCUGUGGGUGCUGCCAAGCUAUGGGCCAAGACCUACGUGAAGGAGAUGGACCCAUCAUGGGAAUCUCCAGUCUUCAUCAAGCCUACAACCAACAAGAAUUAUGUGAAGGCUUUGCUACUCUAUGAGUCUGAAAAGCAGCCUACGCCAAACACAUUGGAGCUACUUGGCCUCCUGCCAAGCUGGAGAUCUGGAGCACCAUCAUGGCCCAGUGUUCUCAUAAGCUACAAGCCCAUCUACAGCAGUUACCCCACGAUUGCAUUGCGCUACUUGAAAAUGCGAAUGUUCUAUGUGGAGGAGGCAACCUAUCGGCUUUCCAGCCCCAAGCAAGAGCGGAGGCACUCCCCUAGACCUAGAGUAAUACAAGCAGCUCAACGGCACACUGGACAACUACUACAACGAAUUCAAGGCACGGUACGCUACAUUUAA